AUGCAAACACGUUCAACAUUAGAUACAAGUUCAAAUAAGUUAUUUACAAAUAUUGAACGGUUAGGUACACAUGAUUUAUUAUCCUAUGGACAAUUUUCAUAUGAUACUAUAUUAACAUCAAUCCAAAGUAAUAAUACAUUACCAUUAUCAAUUAAUGUUCAUUUAUAUAUCUAUCUGAUUUAUUUUAUAUUACUUGAACACACAACAAAAGAAUAUAAUGAAUUAUAUCUACGUUUAAUUGAACUUAAUUAUAAAUUAAUAACUAAAACUCAUGCAUAUGCAUCAUGUUUAUUUUUACUUGAAAAUGAUAAUUUAACACAAAAAAUUAUAUCAAUUAGUCUUGAAAAACUUUUAAUAGUUGAUAAUAUUCUUAUUGAACUUGUUGAAGAAUUAUAUACACGUACAAAACAAUCAUCAACAUUACCAUAUGAAGCUUUACUUUUAUUACGUCCUUUAUCAUUAUUACUUGCACACAUUAGUUUUUUUUUUCGUGCUUUAAUUAAUGCACGUUAUUCAGCUAAAGUUAAUGAAUGGACUUUAUUAUUAAUGACAAAUAUUGCACAAACAAAAUCACUAUGUAUGGCUAUAUGGGGGCUAACUUGUCUUAUGUUUUUAUUGAUGUUAUCACGUUUCAUUGUUCGUUUCGAAGAAUCAGACUAUCGUUUAUUUCUUAUUGCUGAUCGAAAAUAG